AUGGUUGACCAGCCCCCACUUCAUCGUUCCGAAGAAAUCGAAGAUUUAGCUCAUUUAACUACGGAAGAUAUUAACAAGCCAUUAGUAACAAAUGAGAGUAAAUCACAACGAGCAUUACUUCUCGUUGAUAUUCAAAAUGAUUAUUUUCCUAAUGGGAAAUGGACUUUGCAUGGUAUGGAAGCCGCGGCGGAUAAUGCAGCUCGAUUAUUAGCAGCCGCGCGUACAGCAGGUGAUUUAGUCGUUCAUAUUCGUCAUGAAUUUCCAACAGCUGAUGCUCCGUUCUUUACACCCGGUUCGAAAGGAGCGGAAAUCCAUGAAAAGGUACAAAAUCGAGAAGACGAAGAUGUCGUGUUGAAGAACCAAGUCAAUUCCUUCCGGGAUACAAAACUUAAAGAAAUUCUCGAUCGUAAUGGCAUUCGUGACUUAGUUAUAUGUGGUGCGAUGAGUCACAUGUGUGUCGAUGCAGUAACUCGUGCUGCGAAUGAUUUUGGUUAUAAAUGCGUGCUUAUUCAUGAUGCUUGUGCUUCCCGAGAUUUAGAAUUCAACGGUGUUCAAGUUCCUGCAGAGUAUGCACAUGCUGCGUUUAUGGCUGCACUCGGAUUCGCUUAUGCAAAAUUGGUUUCGACAGAAGAAUUUCUUCGAGAAAACAAACAUGCUUGA